AUUGUGAAAGCCAAUCACAAAAGGUUCACAGUGAGUGGAGGAUCCUUGUGCUAAGACAUCUAUCUAUCUGCAAGAGGCAACAACAACUGAUUAAAGACAAAGAUAAAAACCCUUUCAACCUGACCACAACCCUUGGGAAUAUUCUAAUUUACCAUUCUCCAAAAAAACAAUACUUUCACAUUCCAAUCAAUGGUAGGCACCAAAAUCUAACCAUGUGAACUUACUUCCCUAUAUAUAAUUCCCUUAACCAACCAACCCCAAGAACCUCUAAUACCACACCACACCAGAAACAACACCUUCAACUAAAAUGUAUUCUGCUGCUGCUACUUUCUUUCUCCAUGACCUUCAGAACUUCCACUCAAGAAGGUUGCUUCUUCACUCCCCACUCAACCAAUCAGCCAAGCCCCCAGCAACCCCUCACGAUUCCACAGAAACAUAUCUCGGAGAUGGAAACUUCGAUGCAAAUGUUGUGAUGGUACUCUCAGUCCUACUCUGUGCACUCAUCUGCUCCUUGGGUUUGAACUCCAUCAUCAGGUGUGCACUGAGAUGUUCCAAUUUCGUAGUGAGUGACUCAGUGGCGACCAACACCCCUCCAGCGAGAGUUGCCAACACCGGAGUGAAGAAAAAAGCCCUCAAAACUUUCCCCACAGUGAUUUACUCAGCUGAGCUGAACCUCCCGAGUUUGGACUCCGAGUGUGUGAUAUGUUUGUCAGAGUUCACAAGUGGUGAAAAGGUGCGCAUUUUGCCAAAGUGCAACCACGGUUUCCACGUACGCUGCAUUGACAUGUGGCUCAGUUCACACUCUUCAUGCCCCAAAUGCAGACACUGCCUCAUUGAGACUUGCCAAAAGAUUGUUGGGUGCACUCAGCAAGCUAGCUCCUCUCAACAACAACAACAACAACAACCCGUGUUGCAGGUGCCAGAAACCAUUCUCACCAUUACGCCACUGGAGCCAGAAGGUUUGGUGCGUAACUAUAGGGAACUUUAGUGCUUAUUGCUUAAUGACAUAACAGUUGCAGUGGAUUGGAUUGGAUUGGAUUGGACCCUGGUCAGCCAUAAUUGGUUAAGACCAGUCACCCACCACCACUCCAUCAUAAUUAAUGUAGUGCUUAAUCAUUAAUGUAUAUAAUUAAUCUCCUUUCACCUCUUUCAA